AUGCCCGGAGUCUCCUUCGCCGCGGUCCCCAUAGCCUACCAACCCAACAAGAGCACCAGCCCACUGAGCCCAUCCACCCCUCGCGCCGCGCCCGGCCCUCAGCAGCCUUCACGCAGACUUGAGUGUUCUGGGUCUGAGUGGCCGCUGACACAGGUUCUGACUGCGCCGUGCGACGGCGCUCACUUCCGCGACGGGGCCGACAUCCACCCGAAGGCUUCUGUCGAUAACUCCGUCGCCGCCGCGGCCUGUCCGCGCCCCGCCGGCUCUAGCGACAGCAUCCUCAACCGCGCCGCCAUCCGCCAUACCGUCCCUCGCGCCGCGGCGAGGUGCCUUGGUACACCAGCACUACUGAGACAUUACCGGGGGACCGGCCUCGCCACAGCGCCACGCCGCUGCACCGACAGGGACAACCUGUACACGAAGGCGCCUGUGGCGACAGGGUACCAAUACCCGUCGCUGGUGAGCGGCACGGGAAUGGCUCUCCCUCUCCGCCUCCUCCCCCGUCGCCCUCUCAAUACCCAUCUGCAGCGUAACACGCUCUUCCACUACACCAGGCCACGGCGACCUCAACGCCGGCAGCCGUCCGUCUAG